AUGGACAAUUCAACUUCAGUGCGAGCCUGUGAUGCGUCCUCAAGGGAACUCUCAUCCACUGCUGAUGUUCCCAGUCGCCCCUCCUUAGAUCACUCGAAUUUAGGUAUAACAUAUAAUUCCAUGGAUUUUCUAAUAAUUAAACUUCCUUUUGGUUUCUCAGAGACUUCAAAGGGGUGUUGUGGGACAGGAACUAUUGAAUAUGCUGGUUCAUGCAAAGGGUUGAGUACAUGUGCUGAUAGAACAAAAUAUCUAUUCUGGGAUGCAGCUCAUUUCACUGAAAAAAUGUACAAGAUCAUUGCUGAUGAGGCUUUGACAUCAGUCAUUGAGAGUUUGUUGAACUAA